AUGGCUCAGAGCGUCGUGGCCUAUGCUACGCUGAUCGUGGGCUGUCUUGCUUUGACUGCGGUCCCUGGCGCCUCGGCACUGGUCGUGAAACUCAACACUCUCGUCCUCACAGUGCCAGGCUGGAACAUUGAUUUCCUGGAGUCCACCCUGCUGGGCUAUGGCGCCCCCUACACCGUCGCUCGCUACGACAAGAGCAACCCCCUCAACCUGACCCAGCUGCUGUGGGCCCCCGACGGCUCCGCUAACUUUGCCGGGUACAUCAUGUACCCCAAUAUCGAGGCCAUGGGCCACCUCAACAGCACACAGGUCCUCACGAUCUGGGACUACCAGAACCGCACAGGCAGCUCAGCUGACGUCACCAUGAAGUUCACGGCCGCCGCACCCCUGGGGGCGUCCGGCAUCCUCCCCUCGGCCCCGCUCAGCAGCAGCGGCCUCUACAGGUGCCCCGGCUCCGGCUCGGCGCCGCCGCUGGCCACCUGCUCAAUGUGGGCCAGCGACUUUGCCGCCACCGGCCUGCACCCGCCCUGCCAGUCCACGCCCGUCCUGAUGGUCGGCGCCAACGUUGCCGGCACGCUGGUCAAGUUUGGGGAUGGCCGGGAGUCACUGGCGUUCAUGCAUGACUGCGCCGGUUGGUCAACCACCUGCCUGGUGCUGGGUCACGUGUCUCUGUCCUGGAUUCUCCAGGGACUCAUCCCGGGGGAGCGCAUUUCGCUGCUGACCGUGCACUUUGAUGAUUUCUUCCUCGCGACAGAGUUUGACGCCAACCUGAAGGUCGGGUCGCUCACCCAGUACCGCGCGACAGUGCCAGACCUGCAGGCCCACCUCACCUGGCGCAGCGCCCUGGCCGCGUCCAGGCCAGGCACUUCAAUUACGUACGAGCUGCCUUACAAUGGCAACGGCGUGCUCGAGCAGGUUGCCAACACGGUCAAGACCACCAACGUGUCACCCAUUGACGUGGAUGACCGCAGCUGCAUUGACUUCCCGGAGUAUGUCACCCUCGGCUGCUCCUGCUGGUUCAUUGGGAUGGCCGCCUGCCCCGCCACACAGCCCACGUUCUGCCGCAACUGCACCAAGGACUGGGCCAAGCCCCUGGGCUCUGGCGUUAAUCGCGCCGCCCAGAGCACCAAGACCAACAAUGCCACCUGGAACGUCGCCGACUUCAGCGCCGGCGACCCCCUGGCCAACUUCAUCAUCACCAACACCAACGGCCAGGCAGACGGGUUUUUCUACGAUCACCACACAUUCUCCCACGAGAACCUGGACAACGCUACGUCCUUUGACACCGACAUCCAGAUCGAGCUCAACAUGCAGAUGGCGUCAUACCUGAGCCUGGCGUCGCGCAAGUCCUACAGCAGCAAGUGCAUGGUCACACCCCAGAUCAGCGGCCUCCGCAACGGCGACGCGCUCGCCUCCCUGGCGCGCCACGGCGUCGUCUGCGGCACCGGGGACAACACCUGGCCCUUCCUCAUGAACACCAACAACCCCCACCACAUGCUGUUGACCAACAAGGCCACCAACGGCUUCGAUGGUUUCGAGAUCCUGCCGAGGUUUGCCACUGAGAUUUACUACAACUGUUCGACUCCCACUCAAAACAUGGUUCUGUACAACAACCUGUACAGGUCGUUCUUUGGUGGUGACUCGACCAUCGCUGACCUGAUGCAGCGCGAGGCGGCGCGGGUGUCUCGCGAGCUGUUCAAGCUGCGCCACGAUCCGUACAUGAUGCACCAAGCCAACCUCGCAAUCCUGGACGGCUCCGGCAAGAGCCUGUCCAUGCGCUGGGUGGACGCCGUUGUCGCCGAGUUUGGCAAGUAUGCCUCGUGGCCCCUCACCUCCCUGAAGCUCGACGACCUGAGGGCCGCGUUCCUGGCCAGGCAGGCGCGCGACGCGUGCGCGCUGUCGUACGCAAUCGAGGUUGGCGCCAACCGCACCGUCACGGCCGUCACAGUGAAGAGCGGCGCGGCAGCUGACGGGACCCAGUGCUCUGCGCCGCUGAUCAUGGGCGGUAGCAGCACCAGCACAUCCGUGGCCAAGGGCGGCUCUGUGCGGGUCCAGCCUGCGGGGCUGUCCUGGUUUGUGCCCCAGCCCGCAUGA